AUGGCCAGUGACCAAGAGAACGCUGCUGCUGCUGUGUCGGCCACAGAACAGACGCCACUUCUCGUGACCAAAGAUGUUGCCCCAGCAGCAGGGGAGGAGGGGCGGCGGGACGGUCAUGAUGAUGAUGAUGAUGAUAAUGACCACCACAAGCCUUUGCCCAAGUGGCAGCUCUUCUGGCUGUGCUUUGCGCGAGCCAUUGAGCCUAUGGCCUUCUUCUCUAUCUUCCCUUACAUCAACCAGAUGGCCCAGGAGAACGGUCACCUUGCCGACGCCGACGUGGGAUUCUACUCUGGGCUCAUCGAAUCGCUCUUCUCCCUCACCCAGGCACUGGUCAUGGUCUUCUGGGGUAAGGCUGCCGACAGCAUCGGCCGCAAACCCGUCCUCGUCUUCAGCCUCGUUGGUGUCUCGGUCGCGACCUCUAUCUUUGGCACGGCCAAGACGCUGGCGCAGAUGAUCCUCUUCCGCUGCAUCGCAGGUGUCUUUGCCGGCACCAUCGUCACCAUCAGGACUAUGAUCACCGAGAUCUCGUCCCCUCGCGACCAGGCCGUCGCCUUCAGCUGGUUCGCCUUCUCGGGCAACCUCGGCAUCCUGCUGGGUCCCAUCCUCGGAGGAGCCCUCGCCGACCCGGCCCAUCAGUAUCCCGGCCUGUUCGGCCACAGCCAAUUCUUUCUCGACUAUCCGUACGCCCUCUCAAGUUUUGUCAUCGCAGGCCUCGGCUUCAUAGGCGCCAUCACAUCCUUCUUCUUCGUCACCGAGACACUGGACAGAGACGACAGCACCACCACCACGACGGAGAAUGGCGAUAGCGUCGUCAGGCCCAAGGACGAACGGCCCAGCAUCCUCAGUCUCCUCAGAGCGCCAGGCGUCCGCAUCGUCCUCUACAUCUACUGCCACAUUAUGCUCCUCGCCUUCGCCUACACGGCCAUCAUCCCCGUCUUCCUCUUCUCGCCCGUGCGCCUGGGCGGCUUCGGCCUCCUUCCUUACCAGAUCAGCAUCUUUAUGGCUACCAACGGCGCCGCCCAGGCCCUCUGGCUCCUCCUGGCCUUCCCGCGCCUGCAACGCCGCCUUGGCACCAACGGCGUCCUCCGCGCCUGCGCCAUCGCCUAUCCUUUCUUCUUCGCCCUCACCCCAAUCGGCAACGUCCUCCUGCGCCACGGCGAUGUCGCCGCCUUCUGGACCAUCUCGCCCGCGUUUCAGGCCAUCGGCUGCGGUGUCAGUAUGGCCUUUACCGCCAUCCAGCUCGCCCUCAACGACGUCUCGCCCAGCCACCGCGUCCUGGGCACCCUCAACUCGAUCGCCCUGGCUGGUACGAGUCUCACACGGGCGUUUGCACCCGCGUUGUUCACGAGUUUGUUCGCUCUGGGAGCGCGGACACAGUGGCUCUGGGGGUAUGCCAUCUGGUUGUUGCUGACUUUGCUGGCCCUCUGGUACACGUUGAUUGCGAGGUGGCUGCCGGAGAAGGGCAAGGACGGCAAGGCCCCAAGGAGAAGAGAGCAAGAAGAAGCUGGAGGGCGGCAAGCGCAAGGCGAGGAUUGAUGAGAGGUUUCGUUAUGCGUGACGGAUGCGUAGCCAGGGCUGUAGGCAUAGACAUUGGGCUUGCAAUAUCACCGUUGUGCACCGAAUAAUCC